AUGCCCAGAGGCCCACCUUUAACCGACAAUGAAAAAGGGCAAAUCCUGGCUCUCCAUCACCAACUCCUGUCUCUAAGAGACAUCGCCCAAACUUUAGAACGCUCCGUUGGGGCAGUGCAAAGGUUUUUAAAGAACCCCAAUCGUCAUUCCCGCCGUCGUGCACACGUCACAGGACAGAAGAUCACCGUGGGUCAAGAAAAGGCUUUAAUUAGAAAAGCUUGCUCAGGAGAGUAUUCAGCUCGCGACUUGAAGAACAAGAUGGAUUUCCCGAUUGCAGUAAGGCGCGUGCAACAAAUAUUAAGUUCCACGCCUCAUCUGAAGUAUAAAAAGAUGGUUAACGCCCCAAUGAUGACUGUACGUCACCGCGAAAACAGACUCAAAUGGGUGCGUCGUUUUAUUGGAAAGGGAGACAUAUUUUGGAAUAAGGUUAUCUUCAGCGACGAGAAGUAG